AUGGCUGUCGCUAUUGCUGUUUGGAGUACUAUUGUGAAACCUGGUAAUCCUGCUGAGCUCUUGCCUCAGAGUGACCUUCGAAUCACGAACAUUGCACUCGGGGACAAGCUCGAAGACGAAUCGGGCAGGACGACUGUGCGGCUCAUCUAUCGUAAAAUUACCGCCGAAGACUCGAGCGACGAGGAGGACGACGAAAAGGACGAAGAGGAUGACGAUGAACACGAACUCGAGCAUGUUGCCCUGUGUUCCCUCACUCCUGGCAAGAUAGAGCAGGCUAUGGUAGAUGUAGUCCUUGAGGGUGACCAAGAAUAUUUGAUCGAGGUUGUGGGGAAAAACACUGUUCACCUGGUCGGGAAUUAUAUUGAUCAGACACCCCCGGAUCAAGUUCCAUACAAUGAUGAAUCAGACGAAGACUCCGAUGAGGAGGACUUCGAUCUGCGUGACGUCAGUUCCGAUGUGGAAAUCGACCCGAACGAAAUGGACAUUCCUAGCGACGAUGAAGGACGAUUUGAGGAACUUCCUGAUGAUGUAGAGUUGUCUUCCAAGGGUGACGCAGGGAAGAAACGUCCUCGCGAGUCUGAUGCAAAAGGUGCAGACGAGACCCCGAAAUCUCAGAAAGCGAAAAAGAAGAAGCAGAAGGGCCAGGAUGGGAAAGCGGUUCCUGUCGGAGACGAGAAAAGCACUCUAGCGAAAUCAGAUAGUCAAGCCAAGGAUGCGAAAGGGAAGGAUGAAGCGUCGAAGGAAGCCAAAUCACAGAAGGAAGACAAGAAGGAUAAAAAGGAUAAAGAAAAGAAAGAAAUCGUAUUGGCAGGCGGGGUCAAGGUCGUUGAUCAUAAGAUUGGCAAGGGUCCUAAAGCAAAGGUCGGAGAUAUGGCGCAUAUGCGAUACGUUGGCAAGCUUCCCAAUGGUACUGUCUUCGAUAAGAAUAUGAAGGGAGAACCUUUCAAGUUCCGCUUGGGUAAGGGUGAGGUCAUCAAAGGCUGGGACGUUGGUAUAGUCGGCAUGCAACCCGGUGGAGAGAGGCUACUCACCAUCCCUCCCGGUAUGGGCUAUGGGAAGAAGAAGAUGGACAAGAUACCCGCAAAUUCGACCCUGAUCUUCGAGAUCAAGCUCGUCCAACUUUCAUGA